GUAGAAUACAUUGUUGUAUUUUUAAUUGGUAGCUUUCCAGUUGCAGCAAGCUAGAUGCGUUUAGUUUGCCAGCCCAUACCAACUCCACACCCACGUACCUAUAUAUGACAUGAGCCACCCAUAUGCCAUAUCAACUAGUUCAUUCUCCAUUCUCUCACAGAGACAACCAAGCUAGCUGGAAGUCUAGAAAGGACAGGAAAUCAGAGGAUCAUCAAACUACAUGGGAGCGGGGAUGAAGCGAGUGAGGAACGAAGAGGUAUUGUCGCUGGCGCUGGCACUGACCACGGACUCAUCGACGUCGUCCAUGACUUCAGCUGACUCAGCCGUGUCACCGGCCAAGAAAGCACGGCGACCCACGAGGGGCGCCGUGGUGGCGACGUCGGGUGAGGGGGAGUUCGUGUGCAAGACGUGCGGCCGUGCCUUCGCCUCGUUCCAGGCGCUCGGCGGGCACCGGACGAGCCACCUUCGGGGCCGCCACGAGCUGGAGCUCGGCGCCGGCAUCUCCAGGGCCAUCAGAGAACGGAGAAGACGGGAGAACAAGCAGCACGAGUGCAGCAUGUGCGGCAUGGGGUUCGAGACGGGACAGGCGCUCGGGGGACACAUGAGGCGUCACCGUGAGGAGAUGGCACUGCGCGGCCGCGGCGACGACGACCAGUGGGUGUGGCGCGGCGUCGCGCUACUGCAGGGUCAGGUGGUGACGGGGCACUAGGCCACUGCCAAUCAGCCGCCCGUCUUGCUCAAGCUGUUCGUCUAGCCAGGUAGCUAGCUGGAAAGAAGGAAGACGACAAGGUUUGGUCUCCUUUUGUUUCUUGAUGCGUGGAACACUUGUAAAUGUUUUUGAUUAGAAUGAGAUAUAAUGGUUCACUGUUCGAUCUUGUAAACACGAAAUUCAUAUGUAUGUAGUACGCACUAGUGUAGGGGUGAAUAUUGACGAAGUUUGCUAAGGAUGGUUCAGUUUUUGAACCUUACCCGC